AGACGCGAGAGGCAGGAUAGGGUCUGUUACCUCACUGCUAAUUUCCCUAGCAAAUAAACAGCAGCUGCUGGUCCAUGAACCAAGUUGCCACUAGGAACAGGGCACCGUAUACAUGGGGCAGGAUGCUUUCAUGGAGCCCUUCAGCAGUACCGUUGGGGUCUUUCAGUGCAAAAUAUACCUCCUUCUCUUAGGCACUUGCUCGGGGCUGAAGGUGGUGGUGCCAUCGUACACCGUCCAUGGUGUCAGGGGUCAGGCCCUCUACCUCCCUGUGCACUAUGGAUUCCACACUCCGGCAUCAGACAUUCAGAUUAUAUGGCUGUUUGAGAGACACCACACGAUGCCCAAAUACUUACUGGGCUCUGUGAACAAGUCCGUGGUUCCCGACCUGGAAUACCAACACAAGUUCACCAUGAUGCCACCCAAUGCAUCUCUGCUCAUCAACCCACUGCAGUUCACCGAUGAAGGCAAUUACAUUGUGAAAGUCAACAUUCAAGGAAAUGGAACUCUCUCAGCUAGUCAGAAGAUACAAGUCACUGUUGAUGACCCUGUCACAAAACCCAUGGUACAGAUUCAGCCUGCCUCUGGGGCUGUGGAGUAUGUAGGGAACAUGACACUGACAUGCCUGGUGGAAGAAGGUACCCGGCUGGCUUACCAGUGGCUAAAAAAUGGGAGACCUGUCCAUACCAGCUCCAACUCCUUUUCUCCCCAAAACAACAUUCUUCAUAUUGCUCCAGUGACCAAGGAAGACAUUGGGAAUUAUAGUUGCCUGGUGAAGAAUCCUGUCAGUGAGAUGGAAAGUGACAUCAUUAUGCCCACCAUAUAUUAUGGACCUUAUGGACUUCGAGUUAAUUCUGAUAAAGGACUAAAAGUAGGGGAAGUGUUUACUGUUGACAUUGGAGAAGCCAUCUUGUUUGAUUGCUCUGCUGAUUCUUAUCCUCCCAAUACCUACUCCUGGAUCCAAAGGACUGACAAUACAACAUAUGUCAUUAAGCAUGGGCCUCUCUUGAAAGUUGCGUCUGAGGAAGUAGCCCAAAAGACAACUGACUAUGUGUGCUGUGCUUACAACAACGUAACUGGGAGACAAGAUGAAACUCAUUUCACAGUCAUCAUCACUUCUGUAGGACUAGAGAAGCUUGCACAAAAAGGAAAGUCAUUGUCCCCUUUAGCAAGUAUAACUGGAAUAUCACUCUUUUUGAUUAUAUCCAUGUGUCUUCUUCUUUUAUGGAAAAAAUAUCAACCCUACAAAGUUAUAAAACAGAAGCUAGAAGGAAGGCCAGAAACCGAAUACAGAAAAGCACGAACAUUUUCAGGCCAUGAAGAUGCUCUGGAUGACUUCGGAAUAUACGAAUUUGUGGCUUUCCCAGAUGCUUCUGGUGUUCCCAGGAUGCCCAAUAGGUCUGUUCCAGGCUCCGAUGGUGUAUCAGGGCAAGAUUUUCACAAUACCAUUUAUGAAGUUAUUCAACACAUCCCUGCCUUACAGCAAGACCAUCCAGAGUGAGCACUCACAGGUAAGCAGUGCACCAGACUGAAAUAAUGAAGGAAUGUUUUGAGGAAAAACAGUGGAAAUGUAUAUGCACCUGGAAUCGGUGAAGAAAUCAAGCUCAAUACAUCUUGAUCCUUUUAAACACAGACUAGAGUCAUUUAUGAAAAUUGGUCUGCCGGUUUCCCUGCAUACUCAGAAUGCACCGAGCACUGUGCUACAGAGGAACGUGGCUGGGAAAGGGAAAGGUCCUCCGUGGAUCGUCUUCACCGUGCUGACUGACAGAAAGGAAAACCUGGGACUUUCCAACUGGCCUUUUCGUAUCAAGCUUCUUUAAAAAGCACAGUUAGUUCUAACCUAUAUACUUUCACUUUCACCAAUCUGACAGUCACAUCGAACUGACAAAUGUGGAAACUUUAUAGAUGUAAAAAUUUAGCAUGUUCUGUCUUAUUAAAUUCUCAUAACUGUUCAGAUUGCUAUAUUUAUGUAUUUUUAUUCCAUUCCCGAACUUCCUUCUUGCUCUUUGUACCAUAGAAUGAUGGUUGUCACAGAAGCAAGACUGUGCCUUUUCCUAGGUUGUCAAUCACCAGUGGUGUUUUUGAAAAGACAUAAAAGGUUGAAGGAAAUGACUCAUUAAAGUAUUUUUUAUUUUUGUUCAAGAAAAGUUGGAUUCAAAUAAAUUAUUCUGGGUUUUUGCGGGGGGGGUUUUUUUGUUUGUUUUUUUGUGUUUUUUUUUUUUUUUUUUUUGCUUUUAUAUGGCUUUGAUUCUUUGUCUUGUAGAGUAAAAAAAAAUACAUAAAAGUCAGAUAGUAGAAUUAGUUUUUGUAUCCUUAUUUCUCAAUGUGCAAUUAAGUGUAAAUUACAGAGAACUGUUAAAAUAACCAUCUUGCCCUCUCA